AUGCUGAUCAAUCGUUUCCGACAUCUCGUUUUGCUCGGUAUUCUCGUGUUUCGUUUCGGAGAACCGACAAACUCGACGACAUUCCCAAACGACUCGCUUGUGAGGUCCGAGAGAGAAGCUGGCAUUAAUUAUCUAAUAUUCCCUCAAGGCAGCAACGUUCAACUCGUCUACUGCCUAACCAUGGGCACGUAUUCGAAGCCCCAAGGAAUCUUCGUCAUCGGUGUCACCGCCGGGCUGGCGUGGGAACUACCCCAUAGAAAUACCGUGCCAUACAGAAAGCCAGCCGAGGUUUAUCAUCGUCGAAGCAGAAGAGAAUUAUAUCGUAAAGUGGAGCUAAUGCUAAGAACCCAGGAGAAGGACGGCAAGGCCUGCGUUCUCAAGGCGAUCUGCAAAGCAGCCAGGCGUAAACGCGAAGACAUAGGGAGAGGGAGCUUUAUCGAGGAGAUCCUGCACGCUACAUUCACUUUGCCUGGAGGACACUACGACAUCGAUCCGAUGACCGAAUACGAACGAACUUACCACUUGGAUGAGAAUUGCGACGAAAUGCACGCCAAGUGUCCAGAUGUCUUCUAAAGUGCUGCAAUCAGCGCGAUCAUCUCUUACACAAUCACGAAACGAGCAGCUAUCACGCAGAAUUCUCUCUCUCUUCUAUCUUUUCUUCGUUGUAAUCAGAUUAACGAAGUGCUCGAACUGUAUAUAACACCAAAGAUUAUCAGAUUUAGAUUAAGAUUUUCAGGAAACUUGGAAUUCAUAGAUAGAUG